CAUAUGCCAUGCCUUCAGCUGUGGACCUGUGGUAGUUGUGUGUCUGUUGUUAACAGAUUUACAGAGUGUUUUAUGUAGACCUCAAAACUAGAGGACUUACAUCAAACUAACCCGUUUACAGUGCUUGUUAUUUAAAACUGGAAAGUCUCGGAAAGGAAGCGGCUAUCUAUCCAAAAGCCUUCAGCAGUCAGUUAGCAGAUGCUAACCCAUCACUGACAGCUAACGUCAGCAAUGAUGCUGACAAUUUACUUUUUGCAGGAAGGUUAUUCAGCCAGGAACAUUGUCUGCGGGGUAGACAGUUUAGUUUUACAGAAAGUAGGCCUGCAAAGAAAAGAUCUUCAGUCAUCAUGUUUACCGACCUCAACAGCAUCCUCAAUGCCAGCCCGGAUAAUUUCAAGCAGGGAGAGUUCGUUCUCAUAUUAGACCGAAAGGCUGAUGCUUCAUUUUUGGUGCAUCAUUUUCUAUCAUUUUACUUAAGAGCUGGCUGUAAGGUUUGUUUCCUUGGGCUUGUGCAGUCCUUCAGUCAUUACAGUGCUGUCAGUCAAAGACUGGGUGUGAGCUUGACACAGGCAAAGGAAAAAGGCCAGCUUGUUUUUCUGGAAGGACUGAAGGACUGUCUUGGAAUCCUGUUACCCGGAGGAACAAAACCUGAAUGCCCCACUUUAGACUUUUUCAGUCCUCAGUGUUUGGACCUGAGAGGCCUGUUUGAGUUUGUGCUGAGCUCCCUGGGUCCAGGGGGGGGCGCUGCAGGCCAAGGGGACUGUGGGCCAGACUCUCCUGCGAGGCCCCCGGUGCUGAUAGUGGAUGACCUGAGCGUCCUCCUCAGCCUGGGUGUGAGUGCCGGAGCCGUGCUGGACUUCGCUCACUACUGCAAGGCUCACGUCUGCCAUGAGCUGAAGGGGAGUGCGGUGGUGCUGGUGAGGUGUGAGGAGGAGGAGGAAGAGGAGGGUGAAGAGGAAGGCUGUGAGAUGCUGCUGAAGGGGCUGACGCACCAGAGCACUCUGGCUCUGCAGGUGCAGGGGCUGCCCACCGGCUACUGCAGGGACAUCCACGGACAGGUGGACAUUUGGUGGCGCGGUCAAAGCCAGCAGCAGAACCAAAGAAAAGUCUUUCAGUACAAAGUCCAAGACAAGGGUGCAUCGUUCUUCGCACGUGGGACCUCCAGUGCUGUCCUCUGAUGCUAUUGUGUCCAGCAUCUAUGUCCAUAUCAGUCCAUGUGGCAGAUACAAAGCAUAGCGACUGCAGCGCCCUCAACACAAAUAAUGGACUGUAUUGUCAUGUUGUCAUGGCAUCAACAUCAACACCAACACAGCAGAUCACACUUCAAAUAAAUUAUGAGUACUAAACAUUGGUUGAGCUUUUUACUCUUGGUUUACUUGACUUUUUAUGUUCAUCAUUAAAUUAUGAUUUCAUGAAAUUAUUUUCACUGGUUUACACAAUUAAAGUCCAUGGCUUUUCUCACAGCAGUACCACUACUACUGUACCUUGCUUUGAUGCAGCAUUGGAAUGUUCAGGAAUAAACUUUUUGUAUCUUU